AUGGCCAUUCAAUGCUGGCAGGUGAGGCUACACAACAAACCACCAAUGGCCAUUCAAUGCUGGCAUGUGAGGCUACAUAACAAACCACCAAUGGCCAUUCAAUGCUGGCAUGUGAGGCUACAUAACAAACCACCAAUGGCCAUUCAAUGCUGGCAUGUGAGGCUACAUAACAAACUACCAAUGGCCAUUCAAUGCUGGCAUGUGCGGCUACAUAACAAACCACCAAUGGCCAUUCAAUGCUGGCAUGUGAGGCUACAUAACAAACCACCAAUGGCCAUUCAAUGCUGGCAGGUGAGGCUACAUAACAAACUACCAAUGGCCAUUCAAUGCUGGCAUGUGAGGCUACAUAACAAACCACCAAUGGCCAUUCAAUGCUGGCAGGUGAGGCUACAUAACAAACCACCAAUGGCCAUUCAAUGCUGGCAUGUGAGGCUACAUAACAAACCACCAGUGGCCAUUCAAUGCUGGCAUGUGAGGCUACAUAACAAACCACCAAUGGUCAUUCAAUGCUGGCAGGUGAGGCUACAUAACAAACUACCAAUGGCCAUUCAAUGCUGGCAUGUGCGGCUACAUAACAAACCACCAAUGGCCAUUCAAUGCUGGCAUGUGAGGCUACAUAACAAACCACCAAUGGCCAUUCAAUGCUGGCAGGUGAGGCUACAUAACAAACUACCAAUGGCCAUUCAAUGCUGGCAUGUGAGGCUACAUAACAAACCACCAAUGGCCAUUCAAUGCUGGCAUGUGAGGCUACACAACAAACCACCAAUGGCCAUUCAAUGCUGGCAGGUGAGGCUACAUAACAAACCACCAAUGGCCAUUCAAUGCUGGCAGGUGAGGCUACAUAACAAACCACCAAUGGCCAUUCAAUGCUGGCAGGUGAGGCUACAUAACAAACCACCAAUGGCCAUUCAAUGCUGGCAUGUGAGGCUACAUAACAAACCAAAAAUGACCAUUCAAUGCUGGCAUGUGAGGCUGCAUAACAAACCACCAAUGGCCAUUCAAUGCUGGCAGGUGAGGCUACAUAACAAACUACCAAUGGCCAUUCAAUGCUGGCAUGUGAGGCUACAUAACAAACCACCAAUGGCCAUUCAAUGCUGGUAG